AUGGUCGCUGAAGUCAACGACUACCGUAUUUCCCGAGUAGUGGUUCUUUGUAAAGAUUGUGGUCAAGACGUCGGUCUCUAUCCGGCUCGACACAAGUGCGGUUUGCCUGCAUCGUCGGCACCACCUGUGCCCAAACUACCAACACAACACUCCUCCCCUUCUCGACAACAGCACUCAAGAAAUAGCAGUAUUUCCAAGACUGGUAUUCAAAGAAGCGAUGAUAAACUGUCUACUGCUCAGAGUGGAGAGUCCUUAUGGGCAAAGCUGAGAGGCGUUAAAAGUUGGUCUGAGUUAAAUGAUGGUGCAUCAAGCUCGCCUGCUCCACAAUCUCAAGCAACCUACCUCUGGGACAAACUACUUAGCGCAACUUCCACGCUUAAAGAGAACAUCACCGGUACAGUGGAAGAUGACUAUGAUUCUGACAAGGAAGACUGGAAAGGGGAAACUCACAUAUCCCGCGUUCUACGCGAAUACUACGAGGACAAAGCCGGAGACCUUCCCGAAUGGCUAUUUGAGAAAAGUUCUCGUCCUACUCCACAAAAGUCUUCGUCGACGUCGUCCAUAUCUUCAACAUCUUCCAUACCAAAAACUGUUUACUCCGCUGCAUCGUCCGGGCGUAAUUCAUCAGAAAGAAGCGUCGAAGAAGAUAUACCCGUUAAGAAACCAUUUAAGGAUAUAUCUGAAAAGACUAGUUGGCGAAAUAGACAAGCUGAAACACAAGUGGAUAGGCAAGCUGAUUGGACAAACCGAGGAAGAGAGACUGCUAGAAAUGUAGUUGGAUCAACUCAGCAGAGGACUUUUCCUAAUCACAAUGAUAAUGGAUACCGGCAGUCAGAUGGCAGAUACGCAGACCAACGGCAAGAACAAAUGGGUAUGAGUCAUUAUUCACAACGCGGGCAGGAUUCUUCUAUUCGAACAUCUCGUAAACAAUAUACUUCUCAACAACUUCAACCGGCUCAACAAUAUCAAUAUCGUCAGCGUGAACCCUCUGGAAGCACUCUUUCUGCUUCUUCUCAAACAUUAGCACCGGCAACAAAACCCUCUUCUUCGAACUCACGAUACCUUUACCAACCAUCUUCCUCACAGCGUGAACCAAAAACACAGUAUAGUGCAAAUCGCCAAAUGCUCAAUUCAACUGGCCGAUCUCCAUCAUCUGACUCCCGAAGCCGUGGACAAUAUGUGAAACCAUACGACGAAUCAUCACAGCAACGAGCGCGGAGUGUCAGUCCUCAACCGUCGUCCAGAGGGUUUAGCACGCAUAAUGAAAAUUGGCAUAAUGGAAUAUAUAACAGUGCAGGAAAUAGAGCAGGAAAUUAUUUUUAA